CGCGGCGGCAGCGAGGAGUCACACCGGCGGAGCCCCGGAGCCCACCGCAGCCCGUCAGCCCCGUCCUCCUCACCGGAUCGGUUCCCGUGGAUCGGCCGGGCGGCGGUCGGUUCGGUUAGCUUAGCCUCGUUAGCUCGGCCCGGCGGGGCUCAGGUUAGCUAACGUCGGUGCAGGUAGCUGUUAUCUGUGCGCUCGGUGUUUAUGCCGGUUUAAUUACACCGACACCGACGUGUAUCGCCGGGAUUUCGGUGUUUUCUUCCUCCUGACGACGGCGGACGGUCGGUGACACCGGGGUGCGUAGCGAAGCCUCACCUGUCUGGACAGUCCCGGUCGUCCCUCCGUCAUGCUGCCUCGGCUCCGUCGGCGCUGACGGAGGCGGCUGGAUUCAGGCCGGCGAGCAUGCGGCAGCGGCCCGGAGCGUCCAGGAGGCGGCGUCGCUGCUGAGAGGCCACCGGUCGGCGCUGGGAGCGAGUCUGAGGCGGCGGCGGCGGCGGCGAUGGACGACUUCACCACCAGGACGUACGGCACCAGCGGCCUGGACAACAGGCCUCUGUUCGGGGAGACCUCGGCCCGGGACCGGAUCAUCAACAUGGCCGUGGGCGGAUUCACGUCAGUGGUUGUUCUAGUGACGGUGAUCGGCUCCUUCGUGUUCCCGUCGCUGCCUCCUCGGCCGCUGAACAUCUUCUUCGCCGUGUGCAUCCUGCUGGCCUGUGGCUCCACCAUCGUGCUGAUAUUCUGGUACCGGCAGGGCGACCUGGAGCCCAAGUUCAGGAACCUGAUCUACUACAUGCUGGCGUCCAUCGUGCUGCUGUGUCUAUGUGCCAACCUCUACUUCCAGGACGUCAAGUGAAGACGACGGCGAGGAGGACGAAGGGACGACAUGGCCUCGAGUCACGUGACCAAAAGAACUCGUUUUUAUCGCACACUAACUUGAAGCUGCAAAGGAUUCUGGGACCUGAAAUUUUAAAAAGUGGUUCCGGUGGGACGAGAACCUGUCAGACUUUUGUUGGUGCCGACUUAUGCAAACGCACUGGACUCAGUGUGGGAACCAUGACGAACUGUGAGAGGCCACGGAGCCGGACCGGGCCACCGGAGGACCGGACCGCCGGAGGACCGGCACACGAACGAUCGGAUCUACAGUCGCAUCCUGAGGAGAGCCGAACCGGUUAGUUGUUGUUUUAAAAGGAAAACUUCUGGUUUCAUCGUCUCAAACGCAGACGUUCUCUCGUUUCUUACCUCCUCUGUGACAGAAGAUCUUUAAGUUUCUACAACUGACCGACAGUAAAGUCUGAUCCUGAAGCGCUCAGAGGACGGUCUGGAUGUGAGCGACGCAGCAGUUAAAGGAAAAAUCCGCCCUUCAAACCUGAGAUAUCUUUAUGAAUCAAGUGUCUUUUACAGGAUUUUCUUUGCGCUCAAGUAGCUAAUUAAUCAUAUUUAUACCUUUUUAAACAGAAAGAAGCCUCCAGUUGGAGCUCUGCCUCCUUUAAGGCCGGAUUUGUGGAAGUUUUCUUUAGAGAAAAUUCACAAAAUUUGAAAAAACUAACAAAUAAUGUUUAUGAUUGCACUUUAUUGGAGAUGAAAACACCUUUUUCUGAGCACCAAACAUGGCCGACACAAUAAUGAUAAUAAGUUUUUUGUGAUUUUGAUAAAAUAUCUUGAUUUUUUUUGUUCUUUUUAAAAACCUAACAAGCCUUCAGAGUUCAGAGGGUGAAAAACAACACGUUUAAUGAGCUUUAAGGAGUUUUCCUCUCCUAAUAUUUCACCAUUUUUACACCAAAGUCACAUUUAAAUGGUGAACGGCAGAAUGAAAAACUAGAAACAUGUCGUUUUGUUGACUUUAGAUUUAAUAAUUCACGUCCACGUUAGAUGUAAAUAAAGUCCGAAUUGUCCCAAACGUCUCCUCCAACCUGCUGCAUUCAGGUGGACUCAGGAAAUAUCAGUUUCUAUCAUUAAUCUGCUGCUUUUCAGGGUUUAACGGGCGGAUUUUUCCUUUAAAAGUCGUGAAACACAGCAGCCCUCCUGUAGCCUGUAGCUCAAACUAGCCGACAGCAGUAGCACAUCAGCGUUUGUUUUCUUUCUCUGCGUCUUCACGUUGUCUCGCCCAGAAGGUUUUCUAGAAAUCAGAGCUGAACAAACGACAGCGACGGCCUGAUUCUGGCCCUGAGCGACGCUGGACGACACUUUAACCACAGAUGUUCUUCACACUCAGGCCGGACGGUGCACCGAUGAAAGCUUCACACACAAACUUUGUUUUUUUUUUUUUUGCACUAUUAAUCCUGUUACUUUCCAAAUCGGAGCUGGAGCUUCACGUUUUAUUCCAUCGUAAAUGUACUGUAGGUCUGUUUUAUCAGGACAAACGUCUGCGUGGCUGCUUUCAGCGAGUGGUUUGGUUUCUCCACGUUUUGAUCACACAGCGAACAUCUGCAGCCGUAAAGGUCGUUUCUGUCGAAGGAUGAACGCAAGAAACUGUGUUUGUGAGCAGAUGAGCUCCAGAAACAGUCUGGAAACGAAGCUGUUUUUAACUGUAAUCAACGUUUACUGCAUCGGAAACAUGCAGCAGUUUCUCUUUUAAGUGCAGAGAAAAUGUAAUUUGUGAUAUUUACAAGUGUCCUGUUGGUAAAAAACUUGAUGAAAAGAACUACAAACAUGUCUUCCAGUUACAUCAACGUAAUCUAUACAACAACAAUAAAACUACCUUUCUAAUA